CCUUCUCCAUUCUUUCAGCAGCAUUGCUGAAAGAUCUACAUUGUAUAUUGUGCAGUUUCAGAAUGCAGUUUAACUGCAUUGAGUAGCAUUAUGUGACAGUGUAGACUUAUAUGAUCCAGUUCAAUGUAGAUAACUGCAUUCUGAAACUGCAUGAUAUGGCAGUGGGGCCUCAGACAGAGGAAGAGGAGAAGAAGGAGACCACUCAGCUUCAAUUACUCACAUUUUAUUUUCAUUUCUCCCCCCAGAGCCUUCAGCCCCAUGCCUCCCUGGCCAGGACAUGAAGAGGAGAGGGCUUUCCAACAACCAGACUAGAGGGCAUCUGGGAGUUUUAGUGCUCAGCAUGGCUCCCAGGUCCUUCCAGGCGAAUACCUGCCUCUUUGCUGCCUGCCUCUGUCUCUGGAGAGGGUCCUUAGGCCAUGAUUUCCUGGGGCCAAAGGCAUUGGUUGAACCUGUUCUUACUCCCAACACCAUCUGCAUGACCCUCCCUUGGCUGAGUCGGCGCCAACUUGGACUCUGCGUCCGCAGCCCAGAAGCAAUGGCUUCGGCUCUACAGGGCGUCCACCUGGCCAUUCACGAAUGUCAGCACCAGCUCCAGCAGAGGCGCUGGGAUUGCUCAGACCUCAGUAGUGGAAGCACUAUCCUUCUCAACAGCCCCAUCCUCAAGAGAGGCUUCCGCGAAAGUGCCUUUGCCUUCUCGUUGCUGGCGGCCGGGGUGACUCACGCUGUGGCCACCGCUUGUAGCCUUGGGGAGCUUCAUGGCUGUGGCUGUGCCAGGCAAAGCACCGAGAACCAGAAGCUGAAGCUCAGCCAACUGCAAACUCUCAGCAAGGGCAAGAGCCUACCCCCCGUGCUGUCCUCCUGGUGGGGGGAACCUGGCCCCCAAGACACCUGGGAGUGGGGGGGCUGCAGCACAGACUUUGACUACGCCCAGAGAUUUGCCCGGCACUUCUUGGACCCUCGGGGAAAACCACGCGAUGCUCAUGCACGGAUGCAGCUGCACAGCCACCGCAUAGGCAGGAAGGUUGUAUCAGAGCUGAGACAGCGAAGAUGCAAAUGCCAUGGUCCCUCAGGGAGCUGCCACUUCCAGACGUGCUGGUUGGCACCUCCUGACUUCCAGCAUGUGGGUUCUGACCUAAGGGAACAAAUGGACCAGGCCAUAUUCUUGCGGCCCCACAAUGGCAACUCUGGAGCUUUCCGGCCACGACUCCACAGUUCCCGCCUGGCCAAGCACCUCAUUUUCUAUGAACCCUCGCCUGAUUUCUGUGAGCCUGACCAGAGUCUGGGUUCAUCAGGCACCCGUGGCCGCUUGUGCAUCAAGGGAAGCAUGAGGUCGGAUGGCUGUGGCAGCCUGUGCUGUGGCCGUGGCCACAAUGUGCUGCAGGAAAUGCGAACCCAGCGUUGCCAUUGCCGCUUCCACUGGUGCUGUCAUGUGCAAUGUGAGGAGUGUCCUGCCACGGAAUGGAUCAGUGUCUGCAAGUGAAUGGGGGGCAGUUCCCCAAUGACUGUGCUGCUACAUGGGAUAUGGAGUCCCACAAAGGAUCAUGUUCCUGGCAGGAUGAACAUCAAAUAUACAGCUGCCAGCAUCAGUCUGCAUAAGCAGACAUGGAGCUUUUGGAUAGAGCCACACCUCAGAAGGCAACAUUCCCCAGUGACUGAUACUGUUCUCCUAUAAGGUCGUUGAAGAUGCUGGGUAUCUUGGCCUCUCUUAGUCCAGAAUGAGAGUCUGUCUGCAAACAAAUGGCACUUAGAGAUGGGAAUUCUCCAUUCUGCAUGGAAGAUUCUAUAAAAGCUUGCCGAAGUUCUGUUUUUCUGUGGUGGUGCAAUUUGUCUGACUUUUUUUGCAGCAAAAGACCAUCCAAAAUUAAGGGGGAGGUAGGGAUACAGUGUAGAACAUGGAAGUCCCAUUGCUUUCCUUUUAAAAUAUCUGUUGUUGAAUGGACCAGCAGAAAAGCUAAAACAAGUGGCAAAGAUCCUAGGCUGGGUUUCUCCAGGACUCAGGAGAGUGUGGGAGACUGUGGACUUGUUAAAGCCAGACUAUUGGUUCCAGAGACACAAUAUAGCCAGUGAAGAAGGAUGCCCAGCAUGAAACCUUUGACCAGUCAGCGUGUGAGCAUGUGUUUACAUAUGCAUUGAUUAGGCGGGGGGAAACACACCGUUACCUCACACUCUUUGAGGAUGCCUGCCAUAGAUGUGGGUGAAAUGUCAGGAGAGAAUGCUUCUGGAACAUGACCAUACAGCCUGGAAAACUCACAGCAACCCAAACACACCAUUCUUUGCAAAUACUGCAGUUGCAUACCCUCCAACUGCCUUUAUUUGGCAAGGAGAGUCCUUAUUAAUUCUCCGUCAGUACAUUUUUCCAAUAGCUUUUUAAAUGUCCCAGUUUCUCUUUUCUCCUCCCACUUUCCCUUUCCCCCCACCUUAUAUUAAUUGCCUCAAAAUUAGUUCAAACUGCUAAAGCAGUUUGCUCUCAAUUUAGUAGAGGAGGACAGAAAUGUUGUCCUUUCCAGUUGGCUUUCCUAGCUUGUGUCUCUCCUGGCUUGUGUGUCCUUCCUCAAGCCUUUUGCCAUCUUAGUCACACUCUGAUCUUGCUUGGCCACAUGUGCCCUAGUUUUCAUCUGCAAAAUGUUGUUGGGUGUGUAGUUGUUCAGAACAACAAAAACAGCUAAUCGAUAACAGCAAUGCCAACAAAAGGGCACUGGAAUCUACUCCUACAUGGCCUCCAUUCUUCUUUCUUGAAUUAUAUCUGUAAAGUCUUUUAAAGUGCGGGAAAUAAACUCAGUUCAGGAUAGCCAGGUUUAUGGCCACUUUCACAUGCCUAGGUAUAUGCAGGAUAGGCAGGCAAUUAGGUUCAAGCUAUAAUGCUGUCCUGGGUGAACCUACACUUAUCACACUGGGGCUUUAAAGUGGGCGGCCCCAUUCUUCUGAUGUCUGCAGAAUCCUGGGAUAUGUAGUUUGCGAAGGCAAGCACCUCUCUAGCUGAGUUUUCAAAAUGCCCCACUCUAAACUACAUUCCCCAUAAUUCUGCAAGCACCAGAAGAAUGGAGCUGCAUGCAUUAAAGCCACAGUGUGACAACAUGGUUAGAAUCAUGGACUUGAGUCCAGCCUUCUUCCAUUGCAACUUUUACAGCAGACCCAAAAUCAUACAACUGCUGUUUAAGAUUGCCCAGUGAAGAAAAGUAUAAUUUCUUAUGUAUAUUUACCAGGAUGGCAGACCUUGUGCAAAAAAAAAUGCACCAACCACCGAAUCUUGCACCAUCAGCCCAUUCAUUUGGUAAAACAAAAGCAAAAUAAAAAGAUUGUAAAUUGUAAGAGGCGGGACUUGUGAAAAGCCAAAGGGACUAAACCAAAAAACACACAAGAUGUCAGCUAAGAGAGAUGGGCAUCUUUACCUCACAAGAGAGCUGAUUAACAUUUAAGUCGGGGUUCUAUUGUACAGGAGAUAAAGGUUUCCCCCUGACAUUAAGUCUAGUUGUGUCUGAGUCUGGGGGUUGGUGGUUAUCUUCAUUUCUAAGCCAAAGAGCCGGCAUUGUCCAUAGACACCUCCAAGGUCAUGUGGCUUGCAUGACUGCAUGGAGUGCCGUUACAGGAAGACAAGAGCGCAAUAUACAAAACAGUUUCUAGAAUGGCUGGGGUCAGAAAAAAUACAUUUGCCAUCAUAUUUGACAGGAAUGGUAUAGAAAGGGAAAUGACCUUCAUACAUAUAUCAGUGAAGACAGACUACUUUGCUCGCUGACUAUUCCUAGAUGAAACUUUCCCCUUUUAAAGCCUGUUCUGCUAAGGUGGCCACCAGUUCAUCUCGCAGGGCCAUAGGAUAGCCUUUCUCUAAAUAGCCAUGCUCAAAAUGUCUAUUUCCCACUGCUUCUUUUCUGUCUUCUUAAACAAGAAACUGGAGAAAAAGGAAAAUCCUACUGCAAAUAAAUCUUGAAAUAAAAGAAGCCAGGGCAGGAGAGAAAUAUAUUUUCCCCUUUUCCAUACAACUCCAUUCAUAGAUACAAAGUGAACAAAAGGGGAGUGAACCUGGAAACUUUUCAGGGGAGAAGGGAUUUGGGUGAAGCAGAAUUAAUCCAAUAGUUCAAUUCUUCUUAUUUUCCCAAGACCCAGGACUGGAGAAGGAGACUUGUUUUCAUUAUUAAGGGAUUGUUUUCCCUUGGAGUCUCUGAAAUAUAAGCAGCUCAAGCAGAUGCCUGUUCAGUUGUGCUAUCCUUAAUGGUAUAAGGAAAAGGAAUCAUUACACUAAUAUCCACUACCACACUCCUGUACAAUGUAUAAUUAUACAUUAUAAUUGACACCUUCCAAGCUGCAUGCAGGGACACUGACAAGUUCAAUUGUCUCACAGAUGUUAGAGAGGGAGCAAAUUCCCUAUUUGAAUGAAUUACCUAGAUAUAUGUGUGUUUGCUCAUUUUCAUUCACAUGUAUAAAAUAAAUUUCAACUGUACAGUAGGGAGGAACACCAAAGGUGAUCUUAACCUGCCCUCAAUAUACCUACUGGUAAAAUAAUCCUGAUAGAUGGUGAUGCAAUCUUUGAUUAAAAUGCGCAACACAGGCAAGACCACUAGCUGUGUUGGUGCCUUUGUUUUUAUUCAAGAGCAUGAGAAGAGGUGUGUAUCUGCAUGAGUGUGCACAAGAUUGCACUAUCCUGCUGCUAUUGCAUUAAGAUUUGUCUUGACUCAGUUUUCGGGCACUACAAUUCCCAGAAUUACCCACAUAUGAUGCUGCUCAGGAGAUUCUUGAAACCAGUCUAAAAGAUAACAUGCCCAAGAUUAGCAAAAACUAGUAUGUGUGGGUAGGUGUGGGAGAGAAAUGUUUGUACAUACAUGCAUUCACCAGCCUAUUUCAGGAGUAACACAAGGACAGUUGUCAAGUUUCUACUACAGAUAAAUGACACAGAAAUGUCUAGAAAAGCUCUAUGUAUGUGAGAUGCCUGAUAUCAACAGGAUCAUGUGUAUGCCAUAAGCCAAGGGUAUAUGUUUCAGUUUGGCUACAACUGUGCAACCAAAUGGAUCAUCUCAGGAUUUUCCAGCACAUGCCUGUGAGUGUUCAGUAAAUGUGGGAAAUGCAUGUGAUUGUGUGUAUGGGAUCAGCAUGUGUGUGCAAAAAAGUCAUAUGUCUCAGUGCCAGAACAUAUCUUUCCAACCCAGACCGCAGCCUCUAGAAAUUCCUGCUGCCUUCUGUCAGGCCCUGGCUCUGAUCGCAGGGAAAGGCGCUUGCUGCAGCCAGCUCUAUAGGGUGAUUUACUAUGUGGCCACUGCAAGGUUGCAGUUUGAGUCAGUCCUGGGAUGAUGCGUACUUCCAGAUGGAACCAAUGCUCAGAGGUCUUUCCAAUGCCUCUGAAUGAAAACAUGCCCCUACACAAGGAGGUCUUUGGAUUAAAAUGUGUGUGUGGGAAGUGGGAGCGGAAACACUCUCCAUUCAAGUGACAAUUAUUCAUUCCACCAGGGGGGGAAAGACCCCUGACAAUAGGACUGUGUGUGAGUCGAUUUAGCCCUCGGGCAACAACUAUGUUUGCAUGUAACCUUACUCACUUUAAGGCUGGGAAAGGAGAUUUUGGGCAAGACUGCUUGAAGACAUCAUUCCUCCACCCAGCACUCGCUACAUAUUUUGGACUACAACAGUUAUCAGCUCCUGCCAAUAUAGCAAUUAUCAAUGAUGCUAGGAGUUGUGGUUUUCAUACUGUGACUGUAGAGCCACUUCCGGAAAGUUUGUUUGCACUUAUAUAUAUUAUUGUCACUGAAAUGACUCAGUGAGGAAGGAAAGUCACUUCAUCUGUACUCAAAGACAUCUCUUUACUCAUGUUCUGAGAUCCUUCUGUGAUGUUAAAAAGGCAAUGUCUGAGAAUCAAACUUGACUUAAAUAUUCCUCCCAUUCCACUUCUUUGAUGUGCUGUGAGAAUCAUUAGCUUUGCCCAUUUAAAAAGGUGCAUUUUAUAAAUAGCUAAUCAACAUAAACUAUCUAAGUGAAUGAAUGUGUACAUAAAAUUAACCGAACUGCUUUUAUGAUAAUCAAACUAUAAAGAGGAAGAAGAAGUGAAGUAAUGUGGAAAGGGGACAGCAUGAUAUUUGCACCAACUGAUCUCAUAAAAGCCUUUAUGUGUGCCUGUGUGUAAAUACAUGCACAUACCAAUGACGGCUUUUAUAAUGACAGGAAACUAAAUGCAUUCUAGGUUCCAGUCUGAACUUUAAAGGAUCUGUUUAUGAUACUGAAUCACCAUUCGGUUCAGGACCUUGGCUAGCACCAGUAAUGUUUGGCCAUGGGCAAGCAUUCAGACCUAUUUCACUGCCCCACUGACAUAGAAAUCAUCAGCCACUGCUAGUAUAUAUACAUAGGAGAGGAAGGAAAUGGGAACAGAUAAUAGGAUGUAGUUUGGACUGUACCACAUCAUGCAGUUUUCUGUAGGAAAUGAUACACACUUGUACGUUUGAAGGUAUUGUGAG